CCACCCUACGCUACGAUACGCCCCUUCUUGUAGUUUCUUCUUCUUCCUCUUCCGCUCUCUCUCUCUCUCUCUCGCCAGCCACUCUUAGCCAUGGGAAGCAACCAAGCCGCUGUAUCAUUUCUCACUAACAUCGCCAGAGCCGCUUUUGGCCUUGGCCUCGGCGCCUCUAUCCUCAACGCCUCUCUCUACACCGUCGAUGGCGGCGAGCGCGCCGUUCUCUUCGACCGUUUCCGCGGCGUAAUCGAUCAGACCGUCGGUGAAGGCACUCACUUCUUAGUCCCAUGGCUUCAGAAACCCUUCGUCUUCGACAUCCGUACGCGCCCUCACACUUUCUCCUCUAUAUCAGGCACAAAGGAUCUGCAGAUGGUUAAUCUCACCCUCCGUGUGCUCUCACGCCCUGACGUCGGUCGCUUGCCAGACAUCUUCAAAACCCUUGGCCUUGAAUAUGAUGAAAAGGUCCUCCCGUCAAUUGGAAAUGAAGUUCUCAAAGCCGUUGUAGCGCAAUUCAAUGCGGAUCAAUUGCUAACUGAACGCCCUCAUGUUUCUGCCCUCGUGCGAGAGAGUUUGAUAAGGAGGGCUAAGGAUUUUAACAUUGAGCUGGACGAUGUGGCAAUCACUCAUUUGUCUUAUGGUGCUGAGUUCUCGAGGGCUGUGGAGCAGAAGCAGGUGGCCCAGCAGGAAGCUGAGCGGUCUAGAUUUGUGGUUAUGAAGGCAGAUCAGGAGAGGAGGGCUGCCAUUGUCAGGGCUGAAGGAGAAAGUGAAUCUGCCAAGCUGAUUUCUGAGGCUACUGCAGCAGCAGGAAUGGGUUUGAUUGAGCUGAGGAAGAUUGAAGCUGCCAAGGAUAACGUAGGGACCAUGUCCAAGAACGGGAGUUUGAUCUAUUUGCCCAACAAUAACAACAUGCUUCUUGGUCUCAACCCUGGCCGUUGAUUAUGAGGACAGGGGAGGCGACGGCAUUGCAGGCAGGUUUCCUGUGGAUGUCUUGGCGUCGACUAUUCUUUAUCAAGAUAGGGAGGGGACUUGCAUAUAUCCUAGACUACCUACCAUCUAUAUACUCUUCUUUGUAGGACACGAUGAAUGAGGUCUGUACGUCUUACCUGUGACCCCCACCCCACCCCACCCCACCCUUUAUAUGAUGGUUUGGUCUCGAAGGCUCUAAACUUACCUUUACUAUAAUAAUUCCUAAGCUUCCUCUUCCCCCUUCCCCUCUCCUACAA